GGCUGUUCUGAUGUCAAUACUGCCCUCAAGAAGGAAAUCGUUAAAGGAUGAAGUCGUUUUGAUUACGGGGGCCGGGAACGGGUUGGGGAAGGAGCUGGCGAUGCAGAUGGCGAAGAAGGGAUGCAAACUGGCUCUGGUGGACAUCAAGGAGGAGGCCGUCACCAAAGUGGCCAAUGAAAUCAACGUGAGACACGGCGACGUGGCCAAGGCCUACGUGGCCAACCUGGGGAUCUCCGAGGACAUUUCGGCCCUGGCGCAACGGGUCCUCGCCGAUUUCCAACGAGUUGACAUCCUCCUCAACAACGCUGCCCUCGUCUUCAGCGGGGUCAAGGUCCACGAGCACAAGGACAAGGAGAUCGAUGGCAUGUUCAGAGUCAAUAUCAUGAGUCAUUUCAUGAUGAUGCGCGAGUUUCUACCGGGGAUGCUGCAGCGAAACCAUGGUCAUGUCGUUGCAAUAUCUUCUGUGGCAUCUCUAGGAGCCGGUCCUAACGGAUCCGCUUACAUCGCAACAAAAUGGGCUACUACGGGCCUAAUGCAAUCUCUGCGAGACGAACUCAGGGAAAUCCCAAACAACAAAGUGCAGGUCUCUAACAUCUGUCCCUACUUCAUCAACAGUGGAACCGAUAUGUCCAGGAUGUGGAAUCUCAGAAUGCCAGCAAUAUCCGUAGAAUAUGCGGCAAGCAGUGCAAUCGACGGUAUCCAAAAGAACAAAUUCGAGUUCACAAUUCCAUGGUAUCACCACCCCACUUUCAUGGUGCUCAAGAUUGUGCCUCAAAGCAUCAGAGAUUAUUUCAUCACCAUAUUUUACGCUAGCAUGAGAUCACUGACUGACGAAGAGAGAACCUCACUAACUACAGUAAAGAUUAUGGAUGAAACCAAUAAGAGAGUUGCUGGAUCA